AUUGACAUGUUUGAAGAGAUUAAUUAUGGAAGAAUGUGAGGCUUUGGAAGAGUUUCCAAGUGGAUUGAAGAAUUUGGUUUUAUUGGAGGAAUUAAAUUUCUCAAAAUGUAGGAAGUUGAGAAACUUACGAGAAGGAUUUGGAAGCUUGACAUGCUUGAAGAAGCUAUACAUGUGGGAAUGUGAGGCUUUGGAAGAGUUUCCAAGUGGAUUGAAGAAUUUGAUUUCAUUAGAAGAAUUUAAUUUCUCAAAAUGUAGGAAGCUGAGAAACUUACUAGAAGGUUUUCAAAGCUUGACAUGUUUGAAGAGGUUAAUUAUGCGAGAAUGUGAAGCUUUGGAAGAGUUUCCAAGUGGAUUGAAGAAUUUGAUUUCAUUAGAAGAAUUUAAUUUCUCAAAAUGUAGGAAGCUGAGAAACUUACUAGAAGGUUUUCAAAGCUUGACAUGUUUGAAGAGGUUAAUUAUGCGAGAAUGUGAAGCUUUGGAAGAGUUUCCAAGUGGAUUGAAGAAUUUGAUUUCAUUAGAAGAAUUGGAUUUUUCAAAGUAUAGGAAGUUGACAAACUUACGAGAAGGUUUUCAAAGCUUGACCUGUUUGAAGAAGCUAUACAUGUGGGAAUGUGAGGCUUUGAAAGAGUUUCCAAGUGGAUUGAAGAAUUUGAUUUCAUUGGAAGAAUUAAAUUUCUCAAAAUGUAGGAAGUUGACAAAAUUACGAGAAGGAUUUGGAAGCUUAACAUGCUUAGAGAAGCUAUACAUGUGGGACUGUGAGACUUUGGAAGAGUUUCCAAGUGGAUUGAAGAAUUUGAUUUCAUUAGAAGAAUUAGACUUUUCAAUGUGUAGGAAGUUAAAAAUCUUGGAGGAAGGAUUUGGAAGCUUAAUAUGUUUGAAGAAGUUAAUAAUGUAUGAAUGUGAGGCUUUGGAAGAGUUUUCAAAUGGAUUGGAGAAUUUGGUUUUAUUGGAAGAAGUCGAUUUCUCAGAAUGUAGGAAGUUGAAAAUCUUACCGAAAGGGUUUGGAAGCUUGACAUGCUUGAGAAAGCUAUACAUGUGGGAAUGUGAGGCUUUGGAAGAGUUUCCAAGUGAAUGGAAGAAUUUGGUUUUAUUGGAAGAAUUGGCUUUUUCAAAGUGUAGGAAGUUGAAAAGCUUACAAGAAGGAUUUGGAAGCUUGACAUGCUUGAAGAAGCUAUAUAUGUGAAAUGUGAGGCUUUGAAAGAGUUUCCAAGUAGAUUGGAGAAUGCGGUCUCAUUGGAAGAAUUAGAUUUUUCAAAGUGUACAAAGUUGAUAAACUUACCAAAAGAGUUUCAAAGCUUGACAUGUUUAAAGAGGCUAAUUAUACAAGAAUAUGAGGCUUUAAAAGAGUUUCCAAAUUUAUUAGAGGAUUUGGUUUUAUGAGAAGAAUUGGCUUUUUCAAAGUAUAGGAAGUUGAAAAACUUAUGGAAAGGGUUUGAAAGCUUGACAUGCUUGAAAAAGCUAUAUAUGUGGGAAUGUGAUGCUUUGGAAGGAUUUUCAAGUAGAUUCAAGAAUUUGGUCUCACUAAAAGAGUUGAAUUUUAUAAAGUGUUGGAAGUUGAAAAACUUACGUGAAGGAUUUAGAAGCUUGUCAUGCUUGAAGAAACAAAACAUAUGGUAAUGUGAGGCAUUUGAGGAAUUUUUAAGAGGAUUGGAGAAUUUAUUUUCAUUAGAAGAAUUAGAUUUCUUAAUGUAUAGGAAGUUAAAAAACUUGGAAGAAGGAUUUGGAAGCUUGACAUGCUUGAACAAACUAAACAUGUCGAAAUGUAAGACUUAGGAAGAGUUUUCAAGUGGAUUGAAGAAUUUGGUUUCAUUGAAAGAAUUGGCUUUUUCAAAGUAUAGGAAAUUAAAAAAUUUACAAAAAAGGUUUAGAAGCUUGAUACGCUUGAAAAAACUAAACAUAUGGGAGUGUGAGGCUUUGAAAGAGUUUUCAAGUAGAUUAGAGAAUUUGGUUUUAUUGGAAGAAUUGGAUUUUUCAAUGUGUAGGAAGUUAAAAAACUUAGUGGAAGGAUUUGGAAGCUUAUUAUGUUUGAAGAAGUUAAUAAUGCAUAAAUGUGAGGCUUUGGAAGGAUUCUCAAGUAGAUUAGAGAAUUUGGUUUUAUUGAAAGAAUCAGAUUUCUCAAUAUGUAGGAAGUUGAAAAACUUGUUGAAAGGAUUUAGAAGCUUAAUAUGCUUGAAGGAGCUAUAUGUGUAGAAAUGUGAGGCUCUAGAGGAAUUUCCAAGUGAACUAGCAAAUUUGGUUUCAUUAAAAGAAUUUUACUUCUCUAAGUGUUGAAAGUUGAAAUCCUUACUAAAAGAAUUUAGAAGCUUGACAUGCUUAAAGAAACUAAACAUAUAGAAAUAUGAGGCUUUAGAAGAGUUUUUAAGUAGAUCGGAGAAAUUUGUUUCAUUGGAAGAAUUAGAAUUUUUAAAUUGUAGAAAUUUGAAAAACUUUUUGGAAGAAUUUGGAAGCUUAGCAUGCUUAAAGAAGCUAUAUAUGUGGGAAUGUGAGGCUUUGGAAGAGUUUCAAAGUGGAUUGGAGAAUUUAGUUUUAUUGGAAGAAUUAAAUUUCUCAAUGUGUAGGAAGUUGAAAUACUUUCCGGAAGGAUUUGGAAGCUUAGCAUGUUUGAAGAAACUAAACAUGUGGAAAUGUGAGGCUUUGGAGAGUUUGGUUUCAUUGGAAGAAUUAGAAUUUGUAUGUAAAAGAAGUUUAAAAACUUAUCAAAAAGGUUUGGAAGUUUA